AUUUGUCAGUUAUCGUUUUUAAAAAUUCGAAAUUCCCUAGUUAAGCCAAUGAUUCAGGAACCGAACUGGAAAAAGGACUACGACCGUCUGGUCCGCGAGCAUUUGAAUGAUCAGAAUCAGACGAAGUCGCUACAACGACAAAUACGGCAUUUUCGCUCAAAGCGCGUACGACUCCAGAAUGAAAUCGAGGCGGAGAGCAGGAGCAUGGACGUUUGGGUAAAGAUGAUGGAGAACUUGCACCGCGGAGUGGAGCGCUUUCAGAAGCACCACCACCUGCUCACGCCCAAAAAGCGCAAGCAGCUGCGCCGCAUAAUGCGAAAGCUGCCCUUGAGCAGUUUGGAUGAGCAGGUGCGACUGAUGGAGGUGUCGGAGCGGUUGGUGCCCAAGCCGUGCAAGGAGACUCCUGAACCACCGAAGGGCAACGAACGCCAGUUCAUCAAGUACUCAGUUCCGCAUCAGAAAAAGAACUGUGAUCCUAAUAAUCAAUCCCCCGUGGACAAACGGCUGGCCAGGAUAUAUGCCAAUCUGAAGGCUCUGCUAAAAAUCCACGAGCAGACCUCGUCCGUCAUCGCUGAUAUACAUUCCCUGAUCGCCACUAUUAACUAUUUGGAGCGGGGGCACUGCACCAAGAUAAAGAUCACUCCAGCGGAGGGCUCCAGGCCGUCAAUAAAGGCUACCAUCGAAUUGGAUCGGCUGCGCAAGACCAAGCACGGCAACCACUACACGCGGGAAAUUAUGGACGUACGUCCUCCGUACAUCCUUGACCAUGUGCCGCAAUUGAAACCAAACAUUUUCGACGCUCUGGGGAGAAAGGCGAAAAAAUCAAAAUCCAAGCACUGAACCGUUUCUGGUGGGGAAAAUAAUUUAUUACUCCAAGAAUUAGUCUACUUAGACAUAGUCUACUGAACAUGCUCUAUGCUACGCUAGUUCUGUCCUGCGUCAGUUUGAUAUAUACAAUUUACAAUAAUCUCAUUUAGCUCGGGCAAAGUGGUGGCUGAUUACAGAGAACAAUUUAAAUUAUAUCCAAACCAAUAG